GCGUGAUAUCGUUAACGACGACAUUAUGAAAAAAAUAACGUAACUCUCAUUUUGACUUUUAAACAGGAGUCGCUUAAAAUUCGCGGAUACUUUCUCUCGCGCAGACAGGUGCGAUGCCUCGGAGAAAUGGCUAAUCUUUGUUUCUAUUAUAUUAGUUACAAAGGUGAUUAAAUGUUUAGUUAUCCUCUACUCUUCCGCGUAAGAAGUUUUGACUGUGCGAGGGAGCUUUUACAGAUAAUGAAACUAUCUGAUUGACUACGUGAGAUGGGCAGAUCCGACCCUGGACCGCACAAGUACAAAGAGUGCAGCAAGUUGGAAAACAAGAACCGUCACAAAAUCCCCCAAGACCAAUAUUGGACCGAGCUGGUAAUCAGGGCCAAAACAAAUGAGAUCGUAGCCAAGUAUCACACCACUCCAUGCGACCGGUACGUCUGCACGAAAUACCAAACGAAAAAAACCGACCGUAGUCCGAGCGGUCAGUACGAGUACCUCCAGAAGAACCUCUAUAUCAAGUCGGCAGUGGAAACCAAAAGUAAUAUAGUAAACUUGCAGCCCAAGAAAAUUUCAAUAAGGAACUACACUCCGAGAAUUCUGUCGCGGGAGGUGAAUAUGGGCAUGUGGAUAUAAAGCUCAAGCGCGACCUAUAAUCAAACGUCAAAGAUGAUUGAAACCAUUUUUAUAUAAAGAGGCGAUAUCAUUAAACUAAUUCUCAACUAGUCAUGUCUCUCUUGAUGGCCGCCGGAUCGGUGGCCAACUUUGCAGCAGGACUUUCUGCGAACCCAUUCACCAUCUUGGGGCUGGUACCGGUAUUCGCCAUUGGUCUCCUCUACAUGAACUACGUUUCCGUUGAUCCCGAAGCCCAUCCUAUCAACGUAAUGAAAAUUCAACCGGCAUACGACUUCGUAGUAGUUGGUGGAGGAUCUGCUGGUGCGGUGGUGGCCUCAAGACUCUCGGAGGUUUCUAAUUGGACAGUUCUGCUGCUAGAAGCCGGAGGGGAUGAGAAUGAGAUUUCUGAUAUACCUUCGCUCAGCGGUUACACCCAGAUGUCGCAGUUCGAUUGGAUGUACAAAACGACUCCGCCAUCGGAUUCGCCAUAUUGUCUAGCGAUGUUGGGAGAUCAGUGCAACUGGCCAAGAGGAAAGGUCCUGGGAGGUUCGAGUGUCCUGAACGCGAUGAUCUACGUGCGCGGAAAUAGACACGACUACGAUCGAUGGGCGGAGCAAGGAAACGAGGGCUGGUCCUACGACGAAGUACUGCCAUAUUUUUUAAAGUCCGAAGACAACAGAAACCCUUAUUUAGCCAGAACAGCAUACCAUUCCACCGGAGGAUACCUCACGGUCCAAGAAUCUCCUUGGCGGACACCACUGUCGAUAGCCUUUCUACAAGCCGGUCGAGAAUUGGGGUACAAAGUAAGGGACUGCAACGGGAAGCAUCAGACCGGAUUUAUGCUGUCGCAGGGCACCAUACGCAGAGGUUCGAGAUGCUCUACCGCCAAAGCGUUCCUCAGGCCAGUGCGCACCAGACGUAAUCUUCACAUUGCAAUGUUCUCCCAAGUCACCAAAGUAAUUAUAGAUCCGAAAACGAAAAUGGCGAAGGGUGUAAACUUCGUAAGAGACAACAGAUUGCACUACGUUAGGGCUAAAAGGGAAGUCAUUCUUAGCGCCGGCGCUAUAGGAAGUCCUCAUAUACUCAUGCUGUCGGGAAUAGGACCAAAAGAGCACUUGGAAGAACAUAACAUUCCAGUAUUAAGCGAUAUUAAGGUGGGUCAUAACCUACAGGACCACAUAGGCCUGGGUGGGUUGACAUUUAUAGUAGACGAUCCUGUGACGUUUACCAAAACCAGGUAUCAAACGAUGGCCGUAGCAAUGGAGUACAUCCUAAAAGAAAAAGGUCCAAUGACUUCUUUAGGAGGUGUGGAAGGUUUGGCUUUCGUCAACACGAAGUAUGCUCCAGAGUCGGGUAGUUGGCCCGAUAUACAGUUCCAUUUCGCUCCUAGCAGUAUAAAUUCCGAUCCCGACCAGGUCCGAAAAAUCACAGGUCUGCGGGACAGCGUCUACAAUACGGUCUACAAGCCUCUGAAAAACGCGGAAACUUGGACGAUUCUACCGUUACUUCUGAGACCUAGGAGCACCGGUUGGAUCAGGCUGCGUUCGAGAGACCCCAACGUUUAUCCCGACAUCAUUCCGAACUACUUUACUCACGUUAAAGAUAUCCAAGUCUUGACCGAGGGUAUAAGAAUAGCUCUCAACGUGUCGGCCACAAAGGCAUUUCAAAGGUUCAGAUCCAGGCCUCAUAUGAUACCAUUUCCGGGUUGUAGACAGUACGCGUUUGAUACAGACGAGUAUUGGGAAUGUUCUAUGAGGCAUUUUACAUUCACCAUAUACCAUCCCACAUCUACAUGUAAAAUGGGUCCGUCUACUGACCCGGAUUCUGUAGUAGACCCAAGAUUGAGGGUCUAUGGUGUCGGGAAGCUUAGAGUAGCGGAUGCUUCUAUAAUGCCGCACAUUGUCAGCGGAAAUACUAACGCACCGACCAUAAUGAUCGGAGAAAAGGCCAGCGAUAUGAUCAAAGAAGACUGGGGCGUGCUUAUCAGCUAGAACUUAUGUGUGGUAAAUUCGUAUGUGUGGUAAAAUGCGCAAAUACUAAUCAAGUUGCGUUUAGAUAAUAAAAAAUAAUUUGGAAACUAGUCAAUAGGUAUAAGUAAAUAAGGUCGCCUCCUAGUCUAUUAUAAAUAUUAAUGUCUUUAAAGUAUAGAAGUAACAUAGGAUAGGAGUGUAGAGGUAUCAAAGCUAUUAAUAAAACUGUGUAACUAUUUUUAUAUCC